AAUCACUGAGCCACAUGACGGGGAAUACCGAGUAAAUCCGGACAUUGCCGAAUCGCCCUCUGCGUCAGUUGAAAUAGUGGACUGUGUUUGUGCCCUCGUUAGUUGCGGAAACAAUUCCAAAGUGUGAGUUAUUUUUUUAACAAGGACAGAAAUGGCGCAGCUGGCGUAUUUUUGUAUCAUCUGGGCGCUGCUGAUAACACAAAGCGCCGCCAUCUUCAGAGUUCCUCUUCAUAAAACCAGAAGUCUACGCCGCCUGAUGAGCGACAAUGGGAUGUCUCUGGAGGAGCUUCAGGCUUUAGCGAGGAGCACCGGAGCACCGGACAGCUCUCCCUCCCCCAAAGUGCCCGUAGAGAGGCUGACCAACUUCAUGGAUGCCCAGUACUAUGGGAUGAUCAGCAUUGGCACCCCUCCACAGGACUUCACUGUGCUCUUUGACACUGGCUCCUCCAACCUCUGGGUCCCCUCCAUUCACUGCUCCUUCCUCGAUUUGGCCUGCUGGCUUCACCAUCGUUACAACUCGAAGAAGUCGAGCACAUUCGUCCAGAAUGGCACACAGUUUUCCAUCCGGUACGGCAGAGGCAGUUUGUCUGGCUACAUCAGCGGCGACACUGUCUCUGUUGCAGGUCUGUCUGUUCCUGGCCAGCAGUUUGGUGAAGCGGUGAAGCAGCCUGGCAUUACAUUUGCAGUGGCACGGUUCGAUGGGGUCUUGGGCAUGGCCUACCCCUCCAUAUCAGUAGCUAAUGUCACCCCGGUGUUUGACACGGCCAUGGCUGCCAAGCUGCUGCCCCAGAAUAUUUUCUCUUUCUACAUAAGCAGAGACCCCAAAGCAGCAGUAGGAGGAGAGCUGAUGCUGGGUGGGACAGACCCCCAGUACUACACCGGAGACCUGCACUAUGUCAAUGUCACACGAAAGGCCUACUGGCAGAUCAUGAUGAGCGGAGUUGAUGUUGGCAACCAGCUGACUCUCUGCAAGGCCGGUUGCCAGGCUAUUGUCGACACGGGAACAUCCUUGAUUGUCGGUCCUAAGGAGGAAAUCAGAGCGCUGCACAAAGCCAUCGGAGCUCUGCCCCUGCUGAUGGGAGAGUACUUGAUUGACUGCAAGAGGAUCCCAUCCCUCCCCGCCAUCUCCUUCAACAUUGGAGGGAAGACGUUUAACCUGACUGGAGAGGAUUAUGUCGUGCAGGAGUCUCAGUUGGGUAGAUCAAUCUGUCUGUCAGGCUUCAUGGCCAUGGAUAUCCCGCCUCCCGCAGGGCCCCUGUGGAUCCUGGGAGAUGUAUUCAUCGGGAGGUACUACACUGUGUUCGACAGAAACGCCGAUCGUGUGGGGUUUGCCCCCGCCAAGUAGAUUACUGAACUCUUGUUUGUGUGAAAUACAUUGCAGUGUUCUAAUGUUUUUUUUGACUUUUACGUCACACCGAGCAAAGCUUAAUUUCAUCGUCAUUGUUGCGUUAGUUCAUUUGCAGCAAUCAAAAGCACUUAAUGGUUGUUGUACAUCACUGCAAGACCUGGCUUGCCACAUAAAUAUAUCACUUAGAAUGUUUAUUCUGUUUGUUUAUAUAAGAAAGUGGCUGCUGAUGAGCAAGUGUGGAUGCUAUAUUAAUAGUUUAGAUGUUUUGUGUUACUGAACAAAGGCACUGAUGUACUCAGUUUCUUGCAUUUGUCUGUGAAGCUGCUUUCGGUUUAUGCUUCACCUUUUGAUAUGGCAGGAUUCAAUCAGAGCUAUGCAUUUUAAAGUGUUUGUGCCAUUUUCAUUUUUGUAAUGUUUGGGAACAAAUGCAACUUUUUCUUUGGAUGUAAUCAUUUGGAACAACUGACCCACUUUUCCAGCUUCCAAUGUAUCUCAGCAUGCUUCACUUAAUAUGCCUUUAAUUGUAUUAUCAAAAAUCACUGAAGAAAGCUUUACUUUUUUUUUUUUUUUUUUUCUUCGAAAUUUUGAAUGGAUGGGUUUAGAUUGUGAUCUGCCAUUGUGUAAAAUAAGUUUUUCACACUGCUCCCUUGGGAAAAAAACUAAAAUAAACAUACAGAAUGUUAUUUGUAACA